AUGGACGUUUACGGUACCGCUGAACUAGCGCGGUUCACCGCAGUACCGGAGACUCUCGAGAUCUCGGAUGAUGGGCGGUCCGAUCUGUCUACUGAGAGGUGGAAUUCUGACGAUGAACCUCCAGUUGAGAAGGUCAACGAUAGGAUGGUCAUCAGUCGUGAUGGUCGGUCGGUCCGCGCCGCGGAGUAA